GUUUCAAAAUUCCUGCUUGGACUUGCAGGUGCCAAUAUGGAUUCUCUCAAGCUUUUGCGAUUACUCUUCUUCUCCUCCCUCCUCCUGCAACUCCUCCAUUACGUUUCAGGAGUGGGCGUAAACUAUGGCACCAUAGGUAACAACCUCCCUUCCCCAAAGAGAGUAGCCCAGCUUCUCCAAUCCACCCUCAUCGACAAAGUGAAGAUCUACGACACCAACCCUGACAUCCUAGAAGCCUUUUCCAACACCGGCAUUGACAUCAUCGUCGCCGUCGAAAACCAACACGUUUCCAACCUCAGCUCCGACCCCACCGCCGCCCAACUUUGGUUCACUAACCGCAUCGCCCCCUACCUCCCCGCCACCUCCAUCGUCGCCAUCGCCGUGGGUAACGAGUUCUUCACCAGUACUGGUCCCGACACCAACCCAUCAACCUUGUUCACCGCAAUGCAGAACAUCCACGCUGUCCUCGUGUCACGUGGCCUUGACCGGAAGAUCAAGGUCACCACCCCCCAUAGCAUGGCCGUACUAGCCUCCUCUUUCCCUCCCUCCUCUUCCACCUUCGCUCUUAACCUCAUGCCCACUAUGACUUCCAUAGUCGGGUUCCUUGCGGAUACGGGUGCUCCAUUCAUGGUAAAUGCCUACCCGUAUUUUGCUUACCGUGACAACCCGUCUCGGAUCGAUCUACAGUACGCUUUGUUAGGCAACUCCAGUACAGGUGUCAAGGAUCCCAAGGGCUAUGCCUACACUAAUAUGCUUGAUGCCCAGAUCGACGCCGUCCGAUCUGCUAUCGACGCUCUGGGGUUCGGGAACCGGUCGAUUGGAAUUACUGUCUCGGAGUCGGGUUGGCCGUCGAAGGGAGACUCGGGUGAUACCGCUGCCACGUCGGAGAACGCUAAGACUUACAACACGAGAUUGAUCGAACGAGCAGAGUCUAAUAGAGGGACACCCAUGAGUCCUAAGGAUGUGGUGGAGGUCUUCGUGUUUGCACUGUUCAAUGAGAAUCAGAAGGAAGGUGGGGUCAGUGAGAGGAACUUUGGGAUCUUUAAUGGUGAUGGAUCGAAGGUGUAUGAGCUUGAUCUAAGCUGUAAGUUUUGCAGUAGCAACGGUGAAGGAAAGCUGAGUGGGUUCGGGGAGAAAGGAUCGAGUGGUCCGAGGGGUGCGUCGGUUUGGUGCGUGGCGAAGCCACAUGCUGAUGAGAAAGUGUUGCAGGCGGUGUUGGACUUUUGUUGUGGACCUGGUGGGGUAGACUGUAACGAUGUGUUUCAAAGUGGGGGAUGCUUUGAGCCUAACAAACUUCAUGCACAUGCCUCUUAUGCCAUGAAUGCUUAUUAUCAGAUGCAUGGUAGGAACUACUGGAACUGUGACUUCAAAGCCACUGGCCUUGUUACCUUCAGUGAUCCCAGUUAUGGAGCCUGUCGUUACCCACAACAGUAGAAGGCAUAGAAAGACUACAUAUGGUGGAGAGUCUGAUGACAGCUCUCAUGUCUGAUAUAAAAGAAUGGAUAUUUAAGGGAUGAUGGAUUGGAUUAAAUGUUACUGUGUUUGAUAGUGAUUUCAAUCAAAGUAGCUUUAUUUGAUUUGAA